AUGUACCUUUCAUACCUACUAUCGUUAUUUCAAAUACUUCUCCUUGUUACUGCAAGAGCACAAGCAGAUGAGUAUACAAAUGAUCCAAACAUUUUCGAGUUGACUGCGUCUAACUUUGAUAAAGUUAUCCACGGCUCAAAUUAUACCUCAAUAGUUAAAUUUUAUGCACCUUGGUGUGGUUAUUGUCAACAAUUGAAACCAAUAUGGAGAAAGUUGGGUAAGGCUGUGGGUAAAGACUCCAAGCUCAGUGUCAAUGUAGCUGCAGUCAACUGUGACAAAGAUUACAACAAACCACUUUGUGCCCAAUAUCAAAUCAGUGGAUUCCCAACCGUUAUGGUUUUUAGGCCACCUAAAUAUGACAAGGCUAAAGUAUUGAAUGGUAAGAAGCUGAGGCAUGCAAGUGAAGCAUAUAAUGGUCAGCGGACAGUGAAGGCGAUGCUGCAGUUCUUGGGAUCCAGGUUGAAGAACUAUGUUAAAAAGGUGCACAAUUUAGACAGUGAUUUAAUCAAAUGGAUUAGCGAUGAUUCCGACAAAACUAAGGUCCUUCUCAUUACAAAGUCCAAUCUGAUUAGUCCGUUGUUGAAAUCAUUGGCAAUCGAUUUUCUUACCAAAGUGGAUUUUGCAAUGUAUGGAAAAUAUAAUGAUCAACCAAAGAGUAUCGAAAUCGACGGUAAGCUGGUGGAUAUUCCAAAAAAGGACUCGUCUUCUUUGCUCUACUUUGAUAAAGAAAAGGGCAAGUUCAUCGCCUACGAUGCAACAGAAAAAUUGGAUGAUAAAACCCAAAUAUCAAAAUGGAUUAGAACUGUUGCUCAAAUCGACCCAGUGGAAGGACCAUUAUCUAAAAGAGGUAAAAAAUUAUUAAAAUACAAGGGCAAGAAGAAAGUCGAACACGAUGAAUUGUAA